AUGUCCCAGCCCUUUUCCAUCCGACCCAUGGGCAUGGGGCUCUUUCAGGGAGUAUUUGGGAAGCGAGCACCAUCGUCGAAUCAGCCGCCCGCCGUUCGAAAAGAUGAGGCUGAUAUCGAGGAUUUGCUAGAUCGCUUGUGUCGGCCGGUAUUUGGGACCAACCCGAGCGCGUCUGGCAGCGUGGGCAUCAACCGAUGCAAUGAGAUAAGUGAAAUUCUCUUGAACAAAGGUAAAGUCACUGGCGAUGAGCGACUACUCGCCUGGAGUGAGCGACCGCGUAUAUACAUUGUUUUGCGCAACAUCCAGCGGCUGGAUCUGCUAGACUGUUUUGUGAAGGCCGAGUUGACCGACUUCCAUAUUCCCUUCAACGAGGACACACUUCCAUCCUUCUUGCACGAGAGCAACCUCCGAGAGUCAUUCUUGCACUUCCAGGAGUAUGUGCUUUCCUCGGGGGCAAAGGGUUUGGAUAGCCACGGCGGACCGCAUCUGAGCCUUGCGGGGAAUGCACAGAGAUAUUUCUACUACAAGGGGACACUGGGGCAAGGUGGAUAUGGAGUAGUCGACGCCGUAACCAGUCGACUGAGCCUCCAAUCUUAUGCACGAAAACGUGUCUUACGCGGAAGAGAUACAACGACCAACAGACUAGGGCAAAUGUCUUUGAUACGAGAGUUAUCAUACCUGAAAACCCUUUCUCAUAAUCAUCUGGUUCGAUAUGUCGCUUCCUACACCGACGAGAAGUAUAUUGCAUUCCUCAUGCAACCCGUGGCAGACUAUGACCUGGAGAAACUGUUGCGGACUUUAGGCCGCGCAGGAAGCGGGGCUGAAUGCCUGCGACCAUUCUUCGGAUGUCUGGCAGGGGCGAUUCAGUAUCUGCACGAGAACAAGAUUCGCCAUCGGGAUCUCAAGUCGCGGAACAUUCUCAUCAAAGAUGGUCGGGUUUUCGUGGCAGAUUUCGGAACAGCGUACAGCUGGAAGGGCUCAAAACACAGUAUCACCAACCAUCGCAAUGUCCCCUAUACAGCCGAGUAUAUUGCUCCAGAGGUCGCGCUACAUCAGAGCCGCAGCACCGCCAGUGAUCUUUGGUCACUAGGCGUGGUCUUCAUGGAAAUGUCCACCGUCCUGAUGGGCAGCACCAUUCGCGAGCUGAAAGCCCGACUGCAUGCUUUUUCGCAUCCCCGUGGAACAGAGCCUUACCUAUGGGCAAAUCUUCCGGUGAUAGAUACAUGGAUCGGGGCACUUACUAGCUUUGCUACAGCGCGAGAGGAAAGCACCGAGCCACUGUCCUGGGUCCGAGACCUGCUGCAAGAGAAGCCAAAUAAGCGCCUUAAGGCUGAAGGCCUUAUGAAACAGAUUCUAGAGUCACCAUCUUUUCACGCUUUCUGCUGCGUUGACUGCUGGCCGGUCUACGAGCAGCGUUCCUUUCUUUAUACCCAGCAAACCUUAGACAGCCAAACUCCUGCCCCGGGUAACUCGGCAGACGUGCGUGCUCAGCUCACUGCGCUUUUGGACCCCCCUGUCGACAAGGCCCGAGAGUACGAGAGAAAUCAGACAAUUGAGAAUUGGCUGGGCGCUGUUGGGGAUGAAGAUAUGUCCUUGACCUCUGUGAGUAUUAGUGGCACAGCUGCACCUUCGGAUAUAGAUGUCCCUAUCCAGAUUGUGGAGGACGGCACGACAGCUUACUCUGCCGAGAGCUCUGAAGAGGAUAGAAUGGUAUAUCUGGAUGAUAUAUCUACCACUGGCAGUUAUCAGUCCUUGCACGAGGAUACCCACUCGCAUAGUGGCCCGGGUGAUGGCGAAUCAAAGAGCACGACUUUACCAUUGCAAUUCCGGACAGAACCUUUUCAGAAUGUCACCGUUCAAGAAGAAUCAGACAGCGAUGACGCGGGUAGUACACCGUAUGAUAGUGGUGGUCAACUAGAGAACAUAUGGUCUCUCGCGGAAGCUGAAUUGAAUGUUUGGGCAGAUAAUAGCCUGACUGAAGCAAGCGGCAGAGGACCGGAAUUCCUAGCGAAUAUGCUACCGUCCUCCAGCGGUACAGUUUGGCAACACGGCCAAUCGCUAGAUUCACCUCUGCUACUUCCGGUAGCAGAGACCCCAACAAGCAUCUCCUGUUCUUCAGAAUGCAAGGAGCCAAUGAUAUCCAGCCAAAGUAAUGACUCUGGGAUUCAAUCAUGGUCAGAAACAGCAAUUCGAACAACUCCAAGCCCGAAGACGACUCUGACCGCACAAUCUACUGAUCUACCCAAGAGCCCACAUUUGCCUUGCGUUGAUAUCCCGGAAAAUUCAGCGGUUGAUUGGACGGUUGUCUCUCAUCAAUGUGACCCGACGGCCUCACCACCAAGCCAUGUGAGAGAAACAACAUCUGAGCAUGUACCAGUUUUUGAAAUGAGUGAUCAAACUCCAGAUGACCUGAUUCCACCGGCUGCUGGGAAUGAGUCGCCUUUGCGCCGAACAAGCAAUAUGGAUGUCGAAACGCCACAGGCGAAUGCAUUGCAGGUCGUACCAAAGGUCAAAACAAAGCCGCCCCAGCGACCUGAAUGUGAAAAGAAGAAACGGACCAAAGAGCGCAUUGGUCCAGUGGUAUUGAAUAAGGGGAAACCGCUACAAGAGAAGCCAGAAGCUGGAGAGGAAUCACAUGAAUCAUCCCGUUCGGAGAAGAAGAAAGUGUUCAAAGAUCAGGAUGGCCAAAGCGUGUCGAUGAGGAAACCGCGAAGCGACACAUCGCCACCUGCAUCGGAAGCGAAGCCAGAGACCGAAAAAGCGAAGCAGGUCCCACUCAGCAGUGAUUCACAAAGGGAAAAAUCCCAAGAUCAACCAGAAGCCAGGGAAGCACCACAAGGGACAUCCAACCCAGAGGUGAAAAGGCUACGGUUUACAGAGGCGGAGCAAGUACCAUCCACGAAGGAGUCGAGUAACGACCUCGCACAAUCAGAAACGGAUACCAAGCCAGAGUCACGUAACACGCCCAGUUCAGAGAAAAAGGCACGGUCCGAACAAGUUGAAGGUCACGCAUCACCAACAAAAAAAGAAAAGAAGGCAACCAGCCCCAAGAAAGGGACCAUGUCUCUCCACAAACAGGCCCUCUUAUCAAGUACAAAACAGGCGGCACCAAAGAAACAAGCCCCGGUAUCAGUUUUCAGUCCUCAGGUGUACAUGGACACGACCUGGGAAGCCGCCUCAACGCAAGACACUAGAAUUAUUUCAAUCAAUCGCCGCAGGUUGAGUAUGUGGAAAUGGUUAGAUCGGGACCAACGUAUUCUGGAGAGUUUCUGUACUGAAGGGGCCGUGCAGGCUGUGAGGAUUCUGUUGAGGGACGGAUGCAAUCCGGGGACUGAAUUCAAGCCCCGACCAACACCUCUUAUUCGGGCAAUCCAGGGAGGCACAUAUCAGCACUAUAAAUGCGUCCAGGAGCUGAUGAAGCACGACGUCAACUUGAACGUCACCGAGAGAAGGACCGGGCGCACGGCCUUGCAGAUCGCAAUAGAGCAGCCGUUUUUCGCCGGUCAUACGAGUCUUGUCCGAGAUCUGAUCAACGGCGUUGCUGACACAAACAAGUCCGAUCAUACCGGCAAACGACCGAUUCUGAGUGCCUUUGACGUCCAAAAGACCGACGUACUUGAAAAACACCAACUAGAUGCGCUGGCGUGUCUUCUCGUAGCAGGUGGGGGGAAAGAGACAGAUGUCAAUGUCUAUACCCCCCAUACGCAUGACAGCCCUUUGCACCUUGCCAUCAGACGACGGAGCCCGAUGGCCGUUGGGUUGUUGCUUUUCCGGGGUGCAUCUGUCAAUGCCAAGAACCAAGCUGGUGCCACACCUCUCCUCCUGGCUGCAGCUCAAUGGGCUGGUCCCUUAAUCGCAGAUCAAGAAACCAUCUUGGACCUUCUUCUUCAAAGUGCAGGUAUCAAGCUUAACGAGAAUGCCGGCGUGCAGCGCCGAACCGCGCUCCAUCAGGCAGUCUUUCGCGCCACCCCGUUGGCCGUGGAAAAACUUCUCGAAGGGGGUGCUGCUAUCUCGAUAAAGGAUUCUGAAGGUAAGACGGCGCGACAAUUAGCAUCAGAGCUGGACAAGACGAAGUGGAAAGACGAGAGGGCCGAGAUCAUCCGGCUAUUGGAUGAAAAGAACAGGCAAUCAAGCGUCAAACCAUAA